AUGCGAGGGAUGAAGAAAUACAGGCAUGUCAUUGAGACACCGGACCCUGGCAGGUGGGAGCUGGUGGGCUACGAGGCUGCCCUGCCUAUCAGUGAGAAGUCCAACCCCAUCACGCGGGAGCUGGACCGGGCUGACCCCAUGCAGAUUGUCCAGCUGCUGAAGGAGUGUGACGCCGAGAUCUUCCAAGAGGAGGAGGAAGCCUUGCUCAACUACAAGAGGCUCUACAGUCAAUCAGUACUGAAGACCAUGAUUGACAUCAUCAACAAAGUGCAGGAGGUGCUGAAGGACCCAGAAAAUGGUCUCAUUGUCCUGAGUGGCAGUGGCACAUCAGGCAGGCUGGCCUUCCUCAUUGCUACUUCCUUUAACAAGCUGCUCAGAGGCCUGGGUCAGCUGCCCCGUUACGCACACAUCAUUGCUGGGGGACACAGAUCCUUGGUGAUGUCUCAGGAGGGACUCGAGGACAGUGCUCUGCUGGGGACUGAGGAGCUGAGGAAGGUCUGUGAUGGGAAGAAGAAAGUGGUUUUCAUUGGCAUCUCCUGUGGUUUAUCUGCUCCAUUUGUGGCAGGGCAGCUGGAUUUCUGCAUGAAUAAUCUGGACAUCUUCUUGCCAGUUCUACUUGGAUUCAACCCUGUCAGCAUGGCUAGGAAUGACAAGAUCGAGGGCUGGCACUCUACUUUCCGCCAGGUUGCUGAACGGAUGCAGAAGCUGCAGGAAUCCCACAAAGCCUUUGUCCUCAACCCUGCUGUGGGGCCUGAAGGGAUUUGUGGCUUUUCAUGGAUGAAAGGCGGAAGUGCCACCAAGAUCCUGCUGGAGACCGUGCUGCUGGCAGCCCACAAGACAGUCUCCAGGGAGAGUGAAAUCUCAGAGAAGUGCCUUGUGGAGAUCCUGAGGACAUACGAACGGGCACAUGAAGUCACCUAUGCUCAGAGCAGGAAGAUAGCUGCUUUAGUGAAGGAAGCAGGUGCAAGUCUGCAGAAGAAGGCCUGUGUGUACGUGCUGGGCUGGCACACGCUGGGUCUCAUCGCCAUCAUGGAUGGUGUGGAGUGCAUCCCAACCUUUGGGGCAGACAAUAAGGAUGUGCAGGGCUUCCUAAUCGGGGAUCAUAACGACAUCUUCAACAAAGAGGUGGACCUAACAUCACAGGGUCCACAGGUGGCUUUCUCUCAGGAGGACUUUGUGAGGAUCAUUCUCCCCUCUCUGACAGAGUUUGACACAGUCCUUUUCCUCUUCACACUGGAUGAUGACCUUGCUGAGGUAGAGGAACUUGUGAUCCAGGUGAAGGAGAAGACCUCCAACAUCCAGGCACUGUCUCAUGCUACAGUUGGGCAAUACCUGCCGGCUUCCCUCAAGAAGCUGUUCCCUGACAUCAUCAGCAUCAUGUGGCCAAUACUGUUCCUGGAGUACGAGGGGAAUUUUAUCCAGAAAUUCCAGCGGGAACUCAGCACCAAGUGGAUUCUGAACACAGUCAGCACCGGGGCCUACGUCUUGAAGGGCAAAAUCCUCCGCAACUGUAUGGUAGACCUGAGGAUCGCCAACUCCAAGCUGUUCUGGAGGGCAGUGUCCAUCCUGCAGCGAUUCACAGGGCACUCCCAGGCCAGGUGUCUGGAUAGUCUCCUGCAGGUUAUCUAUGACUCCGAGGUGGUGUUAGAUGACCUUCGCAACAAAGACAUCUCUACACACAUUCUGAUAGCAACUGAAAAAACCAAGGUUGUUCCCACUGCUCUCUUGUGCCUGUUGAGAAACUGCUCAGUGCAGGAAGCCCGAAUGCGCCUGGACACCUCCCACUCCAUCCGUGCGGCCAUCGAGGCUUCGCUCAAUGCCCCAGGACACAAACGGGGAGCAGAUAUAUCCGAUGCUGCAAGCACAAUCACAUAG